UCCAUCCCUUUGGACUCCAGCAGAGCAAGCACUUGAUCUGCUUUGCUGGCUACUGUAUUUCCAGAACCCAGCACAGAGCCUGGCAAAAGGCAGAGCCUCAGGAGAUGUUUAUUGGACAAAUAUAUCUCUCACACAAAGCUUUCUGCAGAUGAUGAGUGGAACCUGCAGCAGGAGAGGAUACACAAGACGCACCGGGGCCAUGAGUCCAUGCACGUGGAGAUGAUCUUGAUCUUCCUCUGCACCCUGGUCAUCGCCCAGAUAGUGCUGGUACAGUGGAGACAAAGGCAUGGCCGGUCCUACAACCUGGUGACACUGUUGCAGAUGUGGGUUGUCCCUCUCUACUUCACGAUAAAACUCUACUGGUGGCGGUUUCUGUCUCUGUGGGGAAUGUUCUCGGUUAUUACCAGUUACAUCCUCUUCAGAGCUACCCGAAAACCCCUCUCGGGGAGAACACCACGAUUGGUCUACAAAUGGUUUCUUCUAAUCUACAAACUCAGCUAUGCAUUUGGUGUUGUGGGUUAUUUGGCUAUCAUUUUUACAAUGUGUGGAUUCAAUUUACUUUUCAGAAUCAAGGCCAGAGAUUCCAUGGAUUUUGGUAUCAUAUCCUUAUUCUAUGGCCUCUACUAUGGUGUGAUGGGGAGAGAUUUUGCAGAGAUCUGUUCAGAUUACAUGGCUUCUACAAUAGGGUUCUACAGCGUCAGUGGGAUGCCCACAAGGAGCUUGUCAGACAAUAUCUGCGCCGUCUGUGGCCAGAAGAUCAUUGUGGAGCUUGAUGAAGAAGGGCUCAUUGAAAACACCUACCAGCUCUCCUGCAAUCAUGUCUUUCACGAAUUCUGCAUCCGAGGCUGGUGUAUAGUUGGUAAAAAGCAGACUUGCCCUUACUGCAAAGAGAAGGUUGAUUUGAGGAGGAUGAUCAGUAACCCCUGGGAGCGCACACACUUUCUCUAUGGACAAAUCCUUGAUUGGCUUCGUUAUUUGGUGGCCUGGCAACCCGUGGUGAUUGGAAUAGUUCAAGGCAUUAAUUACUCCCUAGGACUGGAAUAGUACAGCACACCUACUCCAGAGACAGCUUGCGGCAUGUUGAAAUAUUCUUAAAUCCUUGAUCCUAUCUUUAUUAUUGAUACUCCUUUUUCAAUUUCAGAGAUGAGCCCAAGAGUUUAGAGAAAUGAAUAAAAGGGCCCUCCAAAAGGCAAUCUGUCUAUGUGGAAAGAAUUUAAAAGAGAAGCUGAAUGUCAAAAGUUCAGAGGAAAACAGAAGUAAAGCCAAUGAAUCAAUAAAGUAGUCAUCAGUAAAAGUUUAUUGUGCACACAGCAAAAAGAUCGUUUGCAAACCAGGGCACUCAGACCAAAACACAGAACGAAGCUCAGGGGUAUAUGUGAGGCAACAGCUUACAUAGUGCGGAGAC